AUGCAGGAGGAAGCAUCUCCCUUUUCCUUAUUGGAUAUUUGCUUGAAUUUCCUGACCACUCACUUGGAGAAAUUCUGUUCGGAAAGACAAGAUGGAACUCUGUGCCUGCAGGAACCAGGCAUGUUCCCCCAAGAAGUGGCUGAUAGGCUUCUCCAGACAAUGGCCUUUCAUGGCCUGCUGAAUGAUGGCACUGUGGGAAUUUUCCGAGGCAACCAAAUGCGCUUGAAGCGAGCAUGUAUCCGCAAAGCAAAGAUCUCCGCUGUAGCUUUCCGGAAAGCCUUUUGCCAUCAUAAACUGGUGGAACUUGAUGCCACUGGUGUGAAUGCCGACAUCACCAUCACAGAUAUCAUUAGUGGGCUUGGCAGUAACAAAUGGAUUCAGCAGAAUCUACAAUGCCUGGUGCUGAACUCGCUCACCCUUUCCCUGGAAGAUCCAUAUGAAAGGUGCUUCAGCCAGCUGUCUGGUCUUCGAGCUUUGAGCAUUACCAAUGUCCUCUUCUACAAUGAAGACUUGGCUGAUGUGGCUUCAUUGCCAAGACUGGAGAGUCUGGACAUCUCCAACACAUCAGUGACAGACAUCACAGCACUACUCGCUUGUAAAGACCGUCUCAAGUCCCUGACUGUACACCACCUGAAGUGCUUAAAGAUGACCACAACCCAGAUCUUGGACGUGAUCAGAGAGCUCAAGCACCUGAACCACUUGGAUAUUUCAGAUGAUAAGCAGUUCACCUCUGACAUAGCUCUUCGUCUCCUAGAGCAGAAGGACAUUCUGCCAAAUCUCAUAUCUCUGGACAUUUCUGGGAGGAAGCAUGUGACUGACAAAGCUGUGGAAGCCUUUAUCCAGCAGCGGCCUACCAUGCAAUUUGUCGGCUUGUUGGCCACGGAUGCUGGGUAUUCGGAAUUCCUCACUGGCGAAGGCCAUUUGAAGGUAUCAGGAGAAGCUAAUGAGACUCAGAUUUCAGAAGCAUUGAAGCGAUACAGUGAGAGGGCCUUCUUUGUCCGGGAAGCCCUCUUUCAUCUCUUCAGCCUGACCCAUGUCAUGGAAAAAACAAAGCCUGAGAUAUUGAAGCUGGUGGUCAUUGGCAUGAGGAACCAUCCCAUGAACUUGCCAGUCCAGCUAGCAGCGAGCGCAUGUGUGUUUAACUUGACCAAACAGGACUUAGCCGUGGGGAUGCCUGUGCGGCUCCUGGCAGACGUGACCCACCUGCUUCUCAAAGCCAUGGAGCACUUUCCCAAUCACCAGCAGCUACAGAAAAACUGCCUUCUUUCACUGUGCAGUGACCGGAUCCUUCAAGACGUUCCAUUUGACAGGUUCGAAGCUGCCAAACUUGUCAUGCAGUGGCUCUGUAAUCAUGAAGACCAGAACAUGCAGAGGAUGGCUGUAGCAAUCAUCUCCAUCCUCGCUGCAAAGCUUUCUACGGAACAGACUGCCCAGUUGGGAGCUGAGCUCUUCAUCGUCAGGCAACUUCUCCAGAUAGUGAAGCAGAAAACCAGCCAGAACUCCGUGGACACAACCCUCAAGUUCACCCUAAGCGCCCUUUGGAAUCUCACGGAUGAGUCCCCAACGACCUGCAAACACUUUAUAGAGAACCAGGGGCUUGAGCUCUUCAUGAGGGUGCUGGAGUCCUUCCCAACAGAGUCCUCCAUUCAGCAGAAAGUCCUUGGCCUUUUGAACAACAUAGCCGAAGUCAAAGAAUUACAUUCUGAGCUGAUGUGGAAGGACUUUAUAGACCAUAUCAGUAAACUCCUGCACAGCGUUGAGGUUGAAGUCAGCUACUUCGCAGCAGGAAUUAUUGCUCAUUUGAUAUCCAGAGGUGAACAGGCCUGGACAUUGAGCCGCACCCAAAGAAAUGCUCUCCUCGAUGAUCUGCAUUCAGCCAUUUUGAAAUGGCCCACACCGGACUGUGAGAUGGUGGCAUACAGAUCUUUCAAUCCGUUUUUCCCAUUGCUCGGCUGUUUUACGACCCCUGGUGUGCAGCUGUGGGCGGUAUGGGCCAUGCAGCACGUCUGCAGCAAGAACCCGGCUCGGUACUGCAGCAUGCUCAUUGAAGAAGGUGGGCUGCAGCAUCUCUACAACAUCAAGGAGCAGGACCAGACUGACCCCCACGUCCAGCAGAUCGCCAUCGCUAUCCUGGACAGCUUGGAAAAGCACAUUGUCCGCCAUGGGCGGCCACCUCCGGGGAAGAAGCAGCCCCAGGCCAAGCUCCAUUGA